AAGAGAGAGGAGAGGAGAGGGGAAUCAGAGAGAGAGGGGCGAAGGUUUCACUGCAAGCUCUUUGCAAAAAUGGGGGAUGACAGACCUUUUGUGUGCAACGCUCCCGGCUGUGGACAGAGGUUCACCAAUGAGGACCACUUGGCUGUACACAAACACAAACAUGAGAUGACCCUGAAGUUUGGACCCGCCAGGACUGACUCUGUUAUAAUUGCUGAUCAAACACCUACCCCCACUCGUUUUCUGAAGAACUGCGAGGAAGUCGGCCUCUUUAAUGAACUUGCUAACUCUUUCGAACAAGAUGACGAUGAAAAAAAGGCAAAAAACUCUCUUCCAGCAGCCAACUCUGUGGCUGUGGACAUGAGCCUGCAGACACCCUCAGAUGUGAAGGUGAAACAGGAGGUGCCUGUAGAAGUGGACUCCUCACCUCCAGGCAGCCCAGAAUCGAUAUCUGGAACCUCGGACAGCAACCAGGAGCCCAUCGUUAGAGUAAAGGACACCCCUCCUAGGAGUUCAGCUCCCACUCCAACUAUUGUUCGCCCAGGUUCUCUCCCACUACAUUUGGGCUUUGAUGCUCUUCAACCCACCAUGCCAUCACCCACCUCUGUCAUCACACAGGCACCACCUUCAAAUCGCACUUUGGGUUCUCCAACGAGCCAUUACCCGAUGAUGAUGCUUCCCUCGGGUCAGGCUGUACCUGUGCUUCCCGGUCCUGUCCAGAUUCCCUCCGUCAUUAAUCUCGCUCGACCCAUGUGUAUGGUACCCAACAUUCCUGGAAUCCCUGGUCCUCCUCUGGGAGGCAGCAGCAGCGGCUCCAACUCCCCCUCUGGCUACAGCAUCCACUCAGAGGCCAAGAUGCGUCUGAAAGCAGCGCUAUCGCAGCAGAGCCCAUCAGGACAGCAUCUGGGUGCCAUGGUAAUGGGCAGCAGCCCCAUGGUCCCUCAGAAGGCCGAGCAGAGCCAGCUUUUGGUCCAGCAUCCAGAUGCCCCAUCGCCUGCACAACCCCAGGUAUCGCCGGCACAGCCUACAGGUGGGCGUCGACGGCGAACGACAGAUGAUGACCCAGAUGAGCGAAGGCAGCGCUUCCUGGAGAGGAAUAGGGCGGCGGCAUCGCGCUGCAGACAGAAACGCAAACUGUGGGUCAGUUCUCUGGAGAAGAAGGCUGAGGAGCUGAGCACUCUCAACGUCUCGCUGUCGAAUGAGGUUUCACUGCUGCGUAACGAGGUGGCACAUUUAAAGCAGCUUCUGCUCGCCCACAAGGACUGCCCUGUAACCACCCUACAAAAGAAGACUGCCUACUUAGCUGCAGAAGACGGCCUAAAGGACACAUCAGAGCCAACAGGUUCUCCUGCCCCAGUGAUCCAGCACAGUUCUUUGGCACCCAGCCCCUCAGUGGGUCAAAACGGCUUAAGCACAAGAGCUGCAGCUGAGGCCAUGGCCAUGUCAGUGCUAGCAGGAAUGGGUCAGCACCAGAGGGUAGAGGGUGGACCCUCUCACAUCAUCAUGGCAGCACAGUCUCAGUCUGCUGCGAGAUGAUGAGCAGCACCACCACCGGCCCAGACUUGGUUCAUUACCCAGGGGUAGAAAAAGACUCCCAUUAUCUACAGCCUUUAGGUCCAAAUUUCACAUCUCCUCCCUCCGUCUCUCCUCCUUUCAUCCUCCUGUGGAGCCUUCAAGCUGUGGCCUGGAGCUCAGCAGCAUCGGCAGCGUUCUGGGAAUGGUCUGAGACUUUUAGUGAGAGCUUCCUGUUAACUUUGCCAUAAACUACAGGGGCUGGACUCCGAUAUCCCUUUUCCUCUUUGCCUCUUCUGCUCAUCUCUCCUCACCCUUGGUGAAAACAAACUUUUCAAAAGACUUUAAGGAUGUGCAUUGACCCCCUGCCUUGAUAAUGGACUUCCUACGUGCACAGUUUCAGACUCAAAGGAGUUGCAUAAAAAUUG